AUGCCAACUCUCAUCUUCAACAUGUUCGCAACUCGUCAGCUUCGGUAUAUCGUGCUUCUAUUUCUGUCCCUCCAAGUUAUCACUUUCAGAUGCACUUCCAUCCCGCAAGAGCUUCAAACGGGCUUCUCGGCGACACCAGAGUCUUCAACGGCGUCGUUUCAGGCAGUUCUCACUGACCCCAGCGGAAACUUCUCUCUGGGCUUCCUCCGCGUGAACCCAAACCAGCUGGCACUAGCCAUCGUUCACGUGGCGUCCUCGGAGCCUUUCUGGGUGGCCAACCCAACUCGCACGGCGUCCUGGUCCGACACCACGCGCCUCUUCUUCAACGGCAGUCUCGUGCUGUCGGAUCCCGAAACGCGCGUUUCGUGGUCAACCGCCACCAACGGAGACCGCGUGGUGCUCCUCAACACUUCCAACUUGCAGGUCCAAACCAAAGGCUCUCCCCUUUGGGAAAGUUUUGAUUUUCCCACAAAUACCCUCGUCCAAGACCAGAAUUUCACUUCAAAAAUGUCUCUGUUAUCCUCCAACGGAUUUUAUUCGAUGCGUUUAGGCAACGAUUUCAUGGGAUUAUACGAUGGGAACGAGUAUAUAUAUUGGAAACACACUGCGCUGGAGACAAAAGCGGAAGUGAAGGAAGGGAUGGGACCAAUUUACGCCCGAGUCAACCCGGAGGGGUACCUCGGGAUGUAUCAGACGGACGACAAAAAGCCCGUUGAUGUUCAAAAGUUCAACAGCUUCCAACAGGCUGUUACAGCGGCGUCGUUUUUGUUCGUGCGGUUGGAAACGGACGGGAAUCUGAAAGCUUAUUACUGGGACGGUUCCAACUGGCUAACUAACUACCAGGCUAUAUCUGAAACCUGCGAACUCCCCCGCUCCUGCGGUUUCUACGGUUUGUGCACGCCCGGUGGGUCUGGAUGCUCCUGUUUAGAUAACCGGAUCCGGUUCGAACCCGGUGGGUGCUUCAGUGAUGCUAGUGGAGACUUGUGUGGGAAAGAAGGGAUUGGUGGGAAUGAAAGCGGUUACUGGGUGCUGAGAAGGACCGGCGUGGAGCCACCGCAUAAGGAGCUCCUUAGGCAGGAAACGGUGUCGUCUUUAGCGGGGUGCGAGGAAUUGUGCCAGAACAACUGUAGCUGUUGGGGAGCGUUGUAUAACAACGCCACGGGGUUUUGUUACGUGUUGGACAGUCCGAUCCAAACCAUGUUGGGUACCGGGGAUGCGACAAAAGUGGGGUAUUUCAAAGUUAGAAAAGGGGAAGAAGGAAAGAAUCGGGUUUGGGUUCGGGUUGUGGUUGUGGUUACGGUUGUGGUAAUGGUGGGGGUUAUUAUUGUUGGGACGGGGUUUUGUGUGAGGAGAUGGAAAAGGAGGAGAGGGGUGAAGGAAGAGGAAUGGGCCUCGCCCGGCCCGUAUAAGAAUCUUGGAUCGGCGAGUUUUAGGUCGAUCGAAAUGAGCAGUAAUGUGGUGGGGUAA